GCGAAAUGACAUUUUGGGAAGUGGUUUUAGUAAAAGGAACAACAGAAAAAAAGCUGGAAAUCCCAGCUGAGCCAGCGAAUAAUGCGAAAGAAGAAGACAUCAAAAUGGGUCGCAGCAUGCAUCUGAAGACAUGGCAUGCACUUUCUUUGAUAUGCUGUGUAUUUGUCUGGAGAAACACACGGACAAUGAGUGGCAUCUAAAGCAGAGGAGGAAACUUAAAAGCUUUGUGUUCUCUUUCCUCACCUCUAAUCUUUGAGCGAUGGAGCAGCCUCUGCUGGGACGAGCGUCAGCCGUCAGCCGUGGCUGCUGCUCCUACAGCACCCUGAAGGCCUGGCUGCCAAUCCUCUCCUGGCUGCCCAGGUACAAGCUGCAGUGGCUUCAGAUGGACCUUCUCGCGGGCCUCACCGUCGGGAUGACGACUGUACCGCAGUCGCUGGCUUAUGCUGAAGUCGCCGGCCUUCCUGUGCAGUACGGACUCUACUCUGCCUUCAUGGGGGGGUUCGUCUACACCCUCCUGGGGACCUCUAAGGACGUGACACUGGGUCCCACGGCCAUCAUGUCCCUCCUGUGUUUCUCUGUGGUGGGGGGGCAGCCGCACCGAGCCGUGCUGCUCAGCCUCCUCUGUGGACUCAUCCAGGCUGUAAUGGCAUUACUGAGACUGGGUUUCCUGCUGGACUUCAUCUCUUUCCCUGUAAUAAAAGGCUUCACUUGUGCUGCUGCGGUAACCAUUGGCUUCGGCCAGGUCAAGAAUAUCCUGGGACUUCAGGGCGUGCCCCAAGGCUUCUUCCUGGAGGUUUACUACACCUUCUACAAGAUCCCAGAAGCCAGGAUAGGUGAUGUGGUACUGGGUCUGCUCUGUCUCGCUCUGCUGGUCAUGUUGAUAUUUAUGAAGACGAGUCUGGGCCCUGACGACGCUCCCUACUCCAGCACCUCCAGAGCUGCCAGGAAGCUCGUGUGGGCUGUUGCUACCAUGCGGAACGCUCUGGUGGUCGUGGCUGCAUCCUUGGUAGCAUUUUCCUGGGAUGCUUACGGUCAUCACGUGUUUACCAUCACUGGGGAAACUUCCAAGGGGCUCCCGCCGUUCAGGCCCCCACCCACCUCAGACACCACAGCCAACGGCACCGUCGUCUCCUUUGGGGAGAUUGUAGAGGGCUUUGGAGGAGGGCUUGCUGUGAUUCCCUUCAUGGGUCUGUUGGAGAGCGUUGCUAUAGCUAAAGCUUUUGCCAGUCAGAACGACUACAGAAUUGAUGCCAACCAGGAGCUGCUGGCGAUCGGUGUGACUAACAUCAUGGGUUCCUUUGUGUCAGCCUACCCUGUCACUGGCAGCUUUGGGAGGACAGCUGUGAACUGUCAGACUGGUGUUUGCACUCCAGCUGGAGGGAUCGUCACUGGUGUGAUCGUGUUGCUUUCGCUGGCGUUCCUCAUGCCAGCCUUCUACUACAUCCCCAAAGCUUCUCUCGCUGCUGUUAUCAUCUGCGCGGUCGCUCCCAUGGUGGAUUACCGUGUCGUGGUUAGCAUGUGGAGGAUACGCAAGCUGGACCUGCUGCCUUUUGUUGUGACGUUCCUGAUGAGUUUCUGGCAGGUGCAGUAUGGCAUCGUAGGAGGUGUAGCUGUAUCCGGAGCCCUGCUCCUGUACAGCAUAGCAAGACCACAGAUAAAGGUGUCUGAUCACGAUGUGCUGGUGAUGGAGUUGGGAAGUGGACUCAGCUUUCCUGCCACGGAGUAUCUCAGCCACAUCAUACACACUCAGGCUCUGCAGGCGUCUCCUCCGCGGUCAGUGGUCCUGGACUGCCACCAUGUCAGUAUCAUAGAUUACUCAGUGGUCAGCGAGCUCAGGGACCUGCUGAGGCAGUUCAAGCUGCGAGAAGUGCAACUGGUCUUUUCUGGAUUGCAGCCCUCUGUUCUGGAGGUUCUGCUAGCAGCUGACCUGCAGGGCCUCAGGUACACAGACAAUGUGGAGGCGGCGCUGCAGAUGGAGCCGGGAACCUCCUCAAUCACUGCUCCUUCUGACUGAUCAGUGACAUUUCUGAUCUGUGAUUAUUGGGCUGUUAUGAAGUUGAAAAGUGAUGAACUACCUCCAAACUGAUCUCCUGGCUGUUUGGUGCACGGACAGUGGACGAGGGAUGUCCCUGAAAGGAAAGUGUUGCACUGAAAGUUGUACCUGCUAACCUUGACCUUUGAAAUGAUUGGGGAAGGUCUGUGAUUACACUACACCACCGUUGCGAAGCAACGUUGGACCAGAAGUCUAAUAGUAUGUUUUAUAUGCUUUUGUGGGACAUUAUGUAUUUUGUAGGACUGAGGAGAUAAUGAGAGAGAGAUGAUAUUACUGAAAAAUAUGUAUCAACAAAUAGAGAUCCCCCUCUAUGUUUUAGCCUGAAGGUGAUGGGUGAGCUCGCAGAGACCAAAUCUGAAUUUGCAGACUAAGAACAGGGCCGACAGGUGUGUGUGAAUGGUGAAGAGAACAGAGCAAAGCUAACACAUGCCACCAAUCAUUGAGACAUUUUAUUUAUCCAUGUAAAAGGAAAUGAUUGAUUUCUCUUAUUUUAAUGUUGCCAGUUAAUAGGAUUUGACUGCUCACAACAGCGCUGAAUUAAAUUAUUAAUCAGAAUCACCACAUCUAAACAGGGAUUGGGACUGAAUAAAAAGUUAACAUUUUCAUUUUCAUAUGUACUGUUUGUGUCUGUGCAUGCAGACAUGUUUGUUUUAUAGUAAAGUCACACAUGGUACAGAAAAUAUAGCAAAAUGUAAUUUAGUCAAGUUAUCAAAUACAAAAUGCAUACAGUGGUGGCCAAAAUUAUUAGAACACUUGGCAUAUUUAAGAGGUUUCAGUUAUUUUUGUUGAAUUGGCCAUUUGAAAUAUUCAUAAAACGAAUGAAAUAUCUACAAAGUCAUCAUUAUGCUCUAUAAACCAUAGAAGACAGCCAUCAUAAGGAGAUUUACGUCAUUGUCCUUACGAAACACAAGGUCAGCCUAUUUCACUGGCAAUGCCACACAAUCAUGUUCCUUCACAGAAGAAACCAAAUUACUUGUGUAAUCAUUAUCAGGUGUGAUUGUGGUUAAAUUGAUGGUGAUGCAAGAACCUCAGGACAAAGCGGUGUGAUUCUUUUGAAUGUACAAGGCCAGUCCUGCUCAUUAAGUGAUUGGUAACAUCAGGGUUUUGUCAAUGAGGCCAAACCAUCAAUUGGUAUAAAUUCAAAGCCUCUAGAAGUAGUCUUGAAGCAAAUGUUGCUCUUUGAACAUGGCUAAGGUGAAGAAGGAUUUUUUUGAUGCUGGCUGGAGUUACCACUGCUAUAGCCAAGGACUUGAGAUGCAGUCCAAGCACUGCAAAGUACACUUUAGACUGCAGUUAUGCCACCAAAUCACACCAGGACCAAAAGGCGAGAGGUAGAAAAAAGAAGCUUUCAGACAGACAAGUGAAGCAUCUCAAAAAUUCUCAGUCUUAAGGACCAAAGAAAGACCUCACGAGAACUGUGUGACGAGAUCAACACUACAAUGACUACUGGUGCAACAGUAUCUUCAAGAACAAACAGCAUUGGAAACUGGGAGAAGAAGGACUUGUUGACAGAACAGCAGCAAAGAAACCAUUACUGAAAGAAAACUGUGAAAUGCCUGAAAUUUGCAAAAGAACACAAGAAAUGGACAAACUGGUUUAAAGUGGACUGAUAAGUCCAAGUUCAAACAGUUUGGCAACAAGCGAAGAGUGUGUGCUCGAUGGAGGGAGGGGGAGAGAUAUAAAAAUGACAACAGUUGAAAACUGAGGGGGUAGUAUUAAUGUGUGGGGACCAUUUCAGCCUCAGGAACAGGUGACUUAGUGAAAACUGAUGCCAUCAUGGAUAAGAAAGUAUACCACAACCUUCUGGUGAGGCACAGAGUACCAUCUGGGAGUCAUCUUAUUGGGCCUGGAUUUAUUUUUCAAGAGGACAAUGACCCUAAACAUUCUUCUAACUCUUGCUACCUGCGACAGAAGGAAUCUGCUGGAACAUUAAAAAUGAUGGACUGGCCCCCUCAAAGUCCAGAUCUUAACCCUAUUGAGCAAAUAUGGGGCGAGUUGGAAAAUAAACUGGACAGAUCUAUUGAACAUUCAAAGGAAAGCCUUUGGGCAUGGGAUAACAUUAAUGUUUGAAGUUCUCAGUAAAUGUUGACACUAUGCCAGAGAUCAGUAUGAGUGUCAAAAAGGACAGACUUUCUUGUAAGCAGAGGUUUUUGGUGAUUUCCACAUCACAAACUGUAAAUCCACAGGCGUUUUUUUCAUAUGCAUAAACAGUGAGUAACAUCGAUUGUAAUUUAAAAUCUAAUGACAAGACGUUCAUAAAGCUGAUAGCAUCUACCAAUCCAAGGCCUGAAUAGUUCUCUGCAGAUUUUUCAGGCUCUAUUUGUAUUAUAUUUGUAAUAAAAUUAGAUCACUUUGUUUUUAAUCUUAAAUCUCUGAUUCAAUGUUGUAAAACUAAAAAUUCAAGGGGGGGUGAAUCCUUUUCAUAGGCACUGCCAUAAUCUUUUACCUUUAUCAAACUGUGGCAUUUAUUGAACACCUCAAAGCACUCAAAAUGUUACGUGUUACUUUGAAAAAGCAACAAUAAAAGCUUUUACUGCA